GAACACUAAAUAAUCCUUAACACACAGCCUCACAGAGUCAUAUGUUAGGUUUUUUGGUUAGAGGAGAGAAUCAAAUAAAAGUUAAUUUAAUUGAGAAAAGCCAAAAACCCUAAUAAAUCCCCCUAAAAAAAAAUCCAGUCACGACGUGAUACCCAAUUCGAUUUCGUCAAAAUCAUCUUCCUUGUCUAUUCCCAUUUCCUUAUUCUUAUAUUUUGUUCUUCGUUUUUCAUUUGUGUGUUGCGUGAGAUGAUUCGUAGAGUUUUGUGUUGAUUUUUUAUUAAAUCAUUGAGAGGACAUCGAAGAUCUUUCUCCCGUGGAUCAGAUUUCAUAUUCUGGGAGAUUUAUCUCAUGGAAGUAGUUAUGGUGUUAGGCAGGAGAGAUCUUUGUCUCUAUGAGAUCAGAUUAAGGGUUAUUUCUCUUGCGUGAAAAGGAAGAAAAAGAGACUUUCAUUUAUCUUUUAUCUUUUUUUUUUCGUUACUUUUGUAGACUAUAUAUAUUGUAUAGCGUAAAGUUGAUCUGUGGGGAUAUAGUUUUUUAGUGAUGGGGAAUGUAUGUGUUCAUAUGGUCAGCAAUUGUGUUGAUACGAAAUCGAAUUCAUGGGUUCGUCCCACAGAUCUCAUCAUGGAUCAUCCCUUGAAGCCACAGCUCCAAGACAAGCCUCCUCAGCCAAUGCUUAUGUACAAGGAUGGUGAUAAACCCAAGCUUAAUGACACUCAUGGAGACCCUAAAUUAUUUGAGGAUAAGGCGAAAGUAGAUGCGCAGAAGCAGGAACAAGAAGGAAGGAUGAGUGAAACGACAAGGAAGUGCAGUGAAGAAGAGAAUAAUAGGAAGCGAGCGGUUGGGAUUGCAUGUGCUAAUAGCAAAAGAAAGGCUCACAACGUUAGGAGACUGAUGAGCGCAGGGUUGCAAGCAGAGUCAGUGUUGAAGACCAGGACAGGGCAUUUGAAAGAAUACUAUAACUUAGGGAGCAAGUUAGGUCACGGGCAAUUUGGUACGACUUUCGUCUGCGUGGAGAAAGGAACAGGGGAAGAAUACGCAUGCAAGUCAAUCCCGAAGAGGAAACUAGAGAACGAAGAAGACGUGGAGGAUGUGAGACGAGAGAUUGAGAUAAUGAAACAUCUCUUGGGGCAACCAAAUGUGAUCUCUAUCAAAGGAGCUUACGAGGACUCUGUGGCUGUUCACAUGGUGAUGGAGCUGUGCAGAGGAGGUGAGCUGUUUGAUAGGAUAGUGGAGAGAGGGCAUUACUCUGAGAAAAAGGCUGCUCAUUUGGCUAAGGUCAUACUUGGUGUGGUCCAGACUUGUCAUUCUUUAGGUGUAAUGCACAGAGAUCUUAAACCUGAGAACUUUCUCUUUGUCAAUGAUCAUGAGGAUUCGCCUCUUAAGGCUAUUGAUUUCGGGUUAUCCAUGUUCCUCAAGCCUGGAGAAAACCUUACGGAUGUGGUUGGGAGCCCGUACUACAUUGCUCCUGAAGUUCUGAACAAGAAUUACGGUCCAGAAGCAGAUAUAUGGAGCGCAGGUGUGAUGAUUUACGUGCUCCUGUCUGGUUCAGCUCCGUUUUGGGGAGAAACGGAAGAGGAAAUCUUCAAUGAGGUUCUAGGGGGUGAGCUUGAUCUGUCAUCAGAACCUUGGCCACAAGUUUCUGAUAGCGCAAAAGAUUUGAUUAGAAAGAUGCUUGAAAGAAACCCCAAGCAAAGACUUACUGCUCAACAAGUCUUAUGCCAUCCAUGGAUCAGGGAUGAAGGAACUGCACCAGAUACACCACUUGACACAACUGUGUUGACUCGCUUGAGGAAGUUUUCAGAAACAGACAAACUCAAGAAGAUGGCUUUAAGGAUGAUUGCAGAAAGGCUUUCAGAAGAAGAGAUCAACGGGCUUAGAGAAAACUUCAAGAUUAUAGACAGUGAGAAGAGCGGGCGAGUAACUUACAAAGAGCUGAAAAGCUGUCUUGAAAGAUUUAACACAAAUUUUGACGACUCUGACAUCAGUAGUCUACUGAAACUGCCAACGGAUGUGCACUUGGAAGACACGGUGGACUACGAGGAAUUCAUAAGGGCGAUUGUGAGACUGAGACAAAUACAAGACGAAGAAGCAAAGGACCAUUUAGAUUCAUCAGGAAAAGUGUAAAUGAAGUUGGCGUGAAAGAUACUGUUGUCUAAACAAGUGUAACGAGUACUCAAAACUGAUGAUGACGAAAUAUUGUCGGAAACUACAAGAGGGCUGUGACAAAAUGAAAAUAGGAAGAGGCAGAGACAAGGAGAAUAGGGACACAAAGAAGCCAGAUGUAUGUGAAAAAGACAUCAAAAGAAAAAAAGAAGAUGUGUAGGUUCUUUCGUUAAUCAUGUUUUUAUAAGAAAAGAAAAAAGUUAAGAGCAAAAUGAAAGAAGUGGUUUGUUGUAUAUAGAAGAAGAAGAAGUUGUAGUAGAAGGAUAAAGGAGAGACAAUAAAACUAUAAGGUGAUGUUGA